GGGAAGCAGCAGGGCGUGCGGGCCGUCUCAGCGGCCCACCGGGCGCCCUCGACAACCCCCGUCGCGGCCCAGGGCCGCCGCCCCUUCUCGCGACCUCCAGCGCCUCUUCCAGAGCCACGCGCCGGGGAGGUGGUGCCACCGCGCGCCAGCCUCGCGCGGCCGUGACGUCAGGCGGGCGCUAGCGUGGCAAUUGGCUGAGGGCAUGUGGCGCGGACGGGCGCUGGCGCGGGUGAUUGGACAGGCCUUUAGGGGGCGGGCUCCGGAGGCGGGGCUUGCAGCGGAGGGAGUUAAAAUCCGGCGGCCCGCCGGGCUCCGCGGCGUCUCUCGCUGGAAUAUCUGUACUCUAGGUCAGAUCAGACAUUCUGUCGCAAUGCCUGAAAUAAAUACCAGCCAUCUUGAUGAACAACAGGUUAAACUUCUAGCAGAGAUGUGUAUUCUUAUUGACGAAAAUGACAAUAAAAUUGGGGCUGACACCAAGAAAAACUGUCACCUAAAUGAAAACAUUGACAAAGGAUUAUUACAUCGAGCUUUUAGUGUCUUUUUAUUUAAUACUGAAAAUAAGCUCCUGUUACAGCAGAGAUCAGAUGCUAAAAUUACCUUUCCAGGUUGUUUCACCAAUAGUUGCUGUAGUCAUCCCUUAAGUAAUCCAGGUGAGCUUGAAGAAAACAAUGCCAUCGGUGUAAAGCGAGCAGCACAGAGGCGCUUAAAAGCUGAAUUGGGAAUCCCCUUAGCAGAGGUUGAUCCAAAUGAAAUGCAUUAUCUAACACGAAUUUACUACAAGGCCCAAUCUGAUGGUAUUUGGGGUGAACAUGAAAUUGACUAUAUUUUGUUUCUGAGGAAGGAUGUAACUUUGAAUCCAGAUCCCAAUGAGAUUAAAAGCUAUUGUUAUGUAUCAAAGGAAGAACUCAAAGAAAUUGUGAAGAGAGCAGCCAGUGGUGAAAUUAAGUUAACUCCAUGGUUUAAAAUUAUUACAGACACUUUUCUCUUUAAAUGGUGGGACAACUUAAACAAUUUGAGCCAAUUUGUUGACCAUGAGAAAAUACAUAGAAUGUGAAUGUAUAAAUGAAGUGAAAAUUUUUCUACCUAGUAAGAAUGGUUUGGUUUUAAAUUGGGCUCCUUUCUAUGGCACAUAGGAAUUUUACAACCAGAAUUCGUUUGAGAAAAAAACCCAACUGACUUUCAGUUUUGUAGUAUAUCCAUGUGCACUGAUAUUUGUAAAAGACAUUUAUGAGAGGUUAUUCUGAAAUUAUUCCAUAAAUAAAAACAAUUUAGCCUGUCCAAAUAUAUGGCUGUGACAAGAUUGAAGAAUUAAGAGAGAACUCAUUUUUUACAUUUUGACAAACAUAUUCAGAACACUUUCCUAUUAGCCACGUAUUUUAUAUAGCAUUAAAUUUUAUCAUAGGCCUGAAAAUGAGCUGCUUCAGAAUCGCACUAACAGAUUAAGUGGGCAGGGCUGGGGAUACAGUUCAGUGGUGCUAUGAUUACCUUGCAGACAUGAUGGCAUGGGUUGUUAGUCGCUAAGCCUAAAGAUAAUUAUAACAAUAACAACGACAGAACAGGGUCAAGGAAGAGCCAGUAAUAUCCUGCAGUCUUCACAUGGGAUGAUUCAUUUCAGGACCCCCUUCACAACCAAAACUCUGGAUGCACAAGACUUACAAGAUUUGCAUAUAACUUAUGCACCCUUCUCUCACACUUCACACUUCUCCAGGUUGAUUGUAGCACUAACAGCAGUGUAAAUGUUAACCAUGAUUAUUAUACAAUGCUUUGUAAGGAAAAGCUGCAUGUGCAGUAAGAUCAAAUGUUAAUGUACAAUUUCUAUGAGCCCCUGGAUGUUUGACUCACAGAUGAAAGGCCAGUUCUGUAUACUAAUUUCUGUCAUUCUCAGUUGAUUUUGUGCUUUAACCAUUCUGAAAUUAUUUUCCUAUUGAAAGUUAACUAUUUUGGUGGUAAUGUUAACUAAUUAACUCAGUUAACUGCUGUUUAGCAAAAUCUGUUUACAAUUAUAGUGGAAGAGAUGUUAAGUCAUAAGGUGGGAGUGAGUUCUACUUUGCAAGAGUUGAGAAAGUCUUCAGCACUACCAUCCAUUGCUGGGGCUGGAUCAUGAUGUAGGGUUCUGAUCUGUGUUUGGAUGUUUCUGAGCCCUGUACAUGCAGUAUCAAUUGGUAGCCUUUUGUAAAGACAACCACAAAAUAAAAAAUAAAACUGGGGCAGGGUGUUGAGACAGGUUUUCUCUGUAGCCCUGGCUGUUCUAGAACAGUCUGCAGAGCAGGAUAUCUUCUCAGAAAGCCACCUCCCUCUGUCUCCCAAGUGGGAGAUUAAAGGCGUGCACCAGCAUGCCCAGCAACAACCAAAAGUUUAAUGGAUGAUAGUACGUGUUCUCUAGCAGAAAGAGAUGCCUCUCGUAGCGAACCAAUCACUGUUCUAUAGUCAGGGCAUUUUAAAGGUGGAAGUGGGAGGGAUAGCAAUGAGGAAGUUUAUGAUGAGUAAGUUAACGUUACAGAACAGACAUAUAUUAAGAUUUUGAGGUUAUAGACUAGGUAUACAUUGGCAUUGUAUCUUGAUUGAAGCCACGGGUGUGUCAGAUUUGAGCUCUUCAGACAGCUUUAUUCUUAAAUGCUGUAUAAUGAAUAAUUUUUUUCUUAUAAACAUUUUAUAAAUUUAAUUUUUCCCAAACUCGGGACAGUUGUUUUAUCAUUGGAGAUAUGGCUAUGUAUCAAGUAUUUAUUGAAAAUUAAAAAUAAAUUAUUUUAA